AUGAGUGAACUCAAUCUUCACAAAGCCGACUACUGGCGCUCACUCCUCCAAGAUCCCUCGGUCCGCGUCAGCAAUGAGACCGACACUUUUCAUCGCGAAAGCGUCGGAACCACCGGCAACAAUGUCGACAUGGUAAUCUGCUGUCUCUCCCUAGUCGGCUGCAUCGCCAUCAUUGUUCCCUACAUCAUCAACAGGAGAAGUCGCAAGCUGCGUCACUCGCUCAUUCUCGGCCUUGCCACCAGCGAUCUCGUCACCUCCAUCACAGUCAUCAUCACCACCGCUUGUCUUAUCGGCGAGAUCAAUCUCGUACAGCACGACGCUCCUUGCAGUUUCCUCGGCUACAUCCUCGUCAGCUCCAUCUUCUCUCAGCAUCUAUGGAACUUGUCCAUUGCCAUCGUCACCUACAUGAUCUUGGUCCACCCCCUCUCCAGCUUCACUCUCACCGUAGAAAGGCGUGUACGCUGGCUCUGGCCGGGCUUCUGGCUCGUUUCGUUCGUCAUCAACGCCAUCCCAUUCGGUGUCGGCGGCUUUGGGUUUCGAGGUGGCUACUGUGCUUUGACCACCAGCUUCUUGUUCUCGGCCAUCUUCCAGUUUGUGCCUCGAGCCAUCGUGUUCAUUGUCAUCCUUUGCCUUUACACCCACCUCUUCUUCUUCCUCAGAAGGACGAAUCUGUUCAGCAAAGCCAACAACUCCUCUUCCAUCAGCCACAGCCGUCGCAGGUCACACGCACAGCAGGGAGCGCAGUCCAAGCAGUACGGCCUCGACACCAUCCAGCCGUCGCAACAGCCCAAUGACCUGCCCCUCCUGACGUCCGCAGCCGGUGCCGAUGCAGCCGAGCAGGGAUCUAGUCCCACCAUCAAGGGCCUCUCUGGUUCCUCGUCAGCAGCAGCCAACAGCAGAAAGACGUCUUCUGCCAGCCGCAUCUCGCCACCGGUGCUCAACAAGCACGAUUACAACGCCGCAUCAGCGCGCAGACGUUCGUCGUCCUUCGUCGACAAGGACGGCAGCGUCGAUGCUGCUUCUCGUCGCAACGGCUCGGAUCCGGACGCGCUAGACAGCAAGGCGGACCCCGGCCUGUCGAGCAUGUUCAACAACUAUAGCAUGGGCCAAGAUGCGUCGGCGACAACAGCGCCAUUGGCAUCCUACGGACUGCUGGACCCCAACUACAGCAUGGCUCCGCAUCGUGCUGCGCCGAGCGAUCUCGACAUCGAGAAAGCCAACGCAUCCCGUGACGACGCUGGCAGCCUUAGCCAGCACUCGCCCUCAGACUCGUCCUACACAGCAGGCAACGGCCCGUCGUCGAUCUCCAACCGAGGCUCGUCUGCGCCCCUCAACGGCUCGUUCGCAAGAGGCUCGGGCGACUCGUCCAAAGUCAGUCCGACGACAUCCAAACGACCGUUCACGGCCGGGGCAAGCUCUACCGGCAACGAUGCCAACUCGAUCUCCACCGCUAGGUUACGAGACGAGCGUCGCGCAUCCGCUGGCGAUCCGCGCUACGUUGCUGGCGAUACCGACGAUGAGGACGAGGACGAUCUCGAGUUCCAAAGCAUGCGUCCACGCAAGUACGCAGGCGACUUUGAGAUGAUCUCGCCUCCCGUCGAGCACCUCAAGCAUUCGCGUGCACCCCCCACCGCCGCUCGCAAGUACCCGCGCAUGGCCGACAUCCUGGCGAUGGACGAGGGCGACAUGACGCGCGCACGCCAGGGUGGUGGGGGCGAGUUCGCCUCUGAGCGUCGCGGCAGUGCGGUACAGAUCCUGCCCGGCGAGGUGAUGGUCGACAUGCCUAGCAAAGAGGCGUUUGAGCAGUCGCUCGGGGACGACUGGAAGUGGGGGAUGAAUGUCACCGCUGGUGGGUCGGGUCGGCACCAUUCGAGCCACAAGCUCGCACGCAAUUGGCGCGGCGCCCGCCACUCGAGCGGCAGCGUCCACCCCAACGGCGGUGCGCGGGACGACACAGGCGUCAACACGGGCACCUCGUCCAGCUCGUCGGCGGAUGAGAACGGCGUCGACUCGAUCGGGUCUACGCUCAACCGACAGGCGUCUCUCCUGCUCCUGCUGUACCCCGCUGCAUACUGCAUCCUCUUCUCCUUCUCGAUUGCAAGACUGGCGGUCGACCUCGCCGACCCCGCUCUGUCGGUGCGAAGGGCGCACGACUGGCUCCACUCGCUCUCGCGCUGGACCAUCUUCGCCCAAGGCGCGAUCGACGCCAUCAUCUUCCAGUUCAUCGAGCGUCAAUUCAGGCAGCGCAUGAAGCGCAGACGCAGAAAGGCGAUGGGCGAGAACGUGGAGAGCUUCACGCAGAAGAUGGGCAAGAAAGCCGUCGGUCAGCUCAAGAAGGGUUGGCAGACGAGGAGUAAGGGGCAAGGGGGCAGUGUGGAUGAUGGUCUGCCCGCGGUGACGAGGGAGAAGUAG